GUUAUUUUGUAAAUUAUCUAACAGUAUUAAAUAUUUAACAAAAAUUUGAAAAUGUUUCCCAAUCUGCUUGGUGUUUUCAUGGGCUGUUCACUGGUAGCGUUUCAAAAUGAAAAUAUUGUUCCCGAUUUACUGGAUACUCUCCCGCAACACUUUCUCAAGGUGACAUGGCCGAGCAAAGCGAGCGCCCAAUUAGGCAAUGAGCUAACAGUGGCUCAAACCAAGGACCAGCCCCUACUCGAGUGGCCCGUCUCACCCUCGAUGUACGGCUGGAUCUACACCCUGAUUAUGGUGGACAUCGACGCCCCCACCCACGAGGCGCCUACC